AUGGGAGAGAAAUUAUUUCAAUGCCCCAAUUUUGGGGAAAGCUUCCUGGGCCGCUCAGAUCCUUUCGAACAUCAAGCCGAACUGUACAGAUGCCUGGAGUGUGGGAAAUGUUUUACUCACAGCAAGAACCUCAGCACUCAUCAGAGAAUCCACACUGGAGAAAAGCCGUACAAGUGCCCCGAAUGUGGGAAAAGGUAUGGUGCCAGCUCCACUCUGAGCAGACACAGAAAAAUCCACAUGGAAGAAAAGCCCUUCAAAUGCCCCGUGUGCGAGAAGGGUUUCAGUUACAAAGCAGACCUCAUUAAACACCACCGGGUUCACACCGGGGAGAAACCUUACGUCUGUGGCGAGUGUGGGAAAAGCUUCAGUCAGAGCUCAAACUUUGUGACGCAUCAGAGAAGCCACACGGGAGAGAAACCUUACGAAUGCCCUGACUGUGGGAAAAGUUUCACUGUGAGUUCGAGCCUUAUUGAACAUCAGAGAGUCCACACGUCCGAGAAGCCCUUUUUGUGCGGGGAAUGCGGGAAAAGCUUCAACCGGAGCUCCCAUCUCAACGUGCACCAGAGAAUUCACACAGGAGAGAGGCCCUUCCAGUGCCCCGAUUGUGGGAAAGGCUUUACUAUCCUUUCUACCCUUAGUAAACACCAGAGAAUCCACACGGGAGAAAAACCGUAUAAAUGUCCCGACUGUGAGCGGAGCUUUAGGGUGAGCUCAAUUCUUAUGCAGCAUAUUAGAACCCACACGGGAGAGAAACCGUAUGUUUGUCCCGACUGCGGGAGAAGCUUCAGCCAAAAAUCGCCCCUCAUUGCUCAUCAGAAACUUCACGCUCGUAAGAAAAUGCCGUAG